AUGGCUCGUAUGUGGGUUGUACAUUUUUUAUUCCCACUGUUUGCCCUGGGGACAGCUUUCUCGGGGGUCUUCAAUGCCACAGACAGAGACAUUUUUACAGAUGACUUGCUCCAGGUCAAGUUCAUACAAGACAGAGUGACUGAGCAGUGGAAACUUCGCUCUGCCGAUUCCCACCCCAACCUAUAUUUUAACCAACUGGAUGUGUUGCACUUGAGGCAAAGGACCUCCACCACCCACAGUCACAUUUUUAAAGUCAUCCGUGCGGCUGUGCUCACUAUGCUGUCUAAUGUCCCCUCUUACAUGCCCCCUGUGAAACAUGAGGAGUUUACAAGCAAGUGGAAUGAAAUUUAUGGGAACAACCUGCCCCCUUUGGCUCUCUACUGCCUGCUUUGCCCAGAGGACUCUGCUGCCCUGCAGUUUCUUAUCAAGUUUAUGGAUAGGUUGGCUGAGUACCCAGACUGGACGGUGACCAGUGCUCCGAACGAUGAGGUCCCCAUGGCACACUCUCUGACAGGGUUUGCCACUGCUUAUGACUUUAUUUUUUCCUUCUUGGAUGAGCGCAGAAAAGAUGUUUACCUCAAGAAAAUUCGCUCUGAGACAGAAGCACUGUAUGAGCUCUCAAAGUACAGAGCAUGGGGAAAACAGUAUCUCCAAAAUCAUCAGACCACUAAUGUUUUAGCUAUUCUGACUGGUGCAAUAGUAGUGGGUUCACACAAUGACCCCGAGUCAAUGAUCUGGAAACAAGUAGCAGUAAACUAUAUGGAAAAAACAAUGUAUCUUCUAAAUCAUAUCAUUGACGGGUCUCUGGAUGAGGGGGUAGCCUAUGGAAGUUACACAGCCAAGUCCAUCACACAGUACGUCUUUUUAGCCCAGCGACAUUUCAACAUCGACAACUUGCAGAACAAUUGGCUGCGGGAACACUUCUGGUUUUAUUAUGCCACCCUGCUGCCGGGCUUUCAGAGAACGGUUGGCAUCGCAGACUCCAACUACAACUGGUUUUAUGGGCCAGAAAGCCAGCUGGUUUUCCUCGACACAUUUGUCAUGAAGAACGGGACGGGGAACUGGCUGGCUCAACAGAUUAGGAAACACAGACCCAAGGAUGGUCCCAUGGGGCAGUCCUCUGCUCAGCGCUGGGCCACGCUACACACGGAGUACAUCUGGUACAACUCCCACCUCAUACCGCAACCUCCUCAUGGCUUUGGCAAAGUGAGGAUGCAUAUUUUCUCCAACUGGGGGGUGGUUACGUAUGGAGCUGGGCUUCCCAGUAGCCAAAGUAAUACUUUUGUUUCUUUUAAGUCUGGCAGGCUGGGUGGGCGAGCAGUUUAUGACAUUGUACAUGAUAAGCCCUACUCCUGGGUGGAUGGUUGGAACAGCUUUAACCCUGGCCAUGAGCACCCAGACCAAAACUCUUUCACAUUUGCCCCUAACGGUCAAGUGUUUGUGUCUGAAGCACUUUAUGGUCCAAAAUACAGCUAUUUAAACAAUGUGUUGGUGUUUAGUCCGUCUCCUACCAGCCAGUGUAACAGUCCAUGGGAGGGUCAGUUAGGGGAGUGUGCCAAGUGGCUGCGCUGGACUGAUGAGGGUGUGGGUGAUACAAGAGGUGAGGUGAUUGCUGCCUCCUCACAUGCAGACACUAUGUUUGUGAGUGGAGAAGCUGUGUCAGCUUAUUCCCCUGCCAUGAGAUUAAAGAGCGUUUUCAGAGCCUUGGUUCUGCUCAACUCACAGACGUUGUUGGUGCUCGACCAUGUGGAGAAGUGGGGUGACUCGCUUGUCACGUCUCUCAGCGCUUUCUUCCAUAAUCUUGACAUUGACUUCAAGUAUGUUCCUUUCAGAUUUAUGGACAGGUACAACGGCGCCAUGAUGGAUGUGUGGGAUGCUCAUUAUAAAAUGUUUUGGUUUGACAGCCAGGGUCAAAGUCCUGAUACCAGGAUACAGGAAGCAGAGCAGGCAGCAGAGUUUAAAAAGAGGUGGACGCAGUAUGUCAACGUCACUUUUCAGAUGACGGGCACAGUCAGCAGAGUAGCUUACGUGCUGCAUGGGCCGUAUGUUAAAGUGUCAAACUGUAGGUUUAUAGAUAGCAGCAAAAAUGGUGUGAGACUUUCUUUAACUAUUAAUAACACAGAGAAGAUUGUAUCUAUAGCUACAAACUAUAAAGAUAUUGGAGCAAGGUUGGCUUAUUUAGGAUUUGGCGGGCACAGUAAAGUUGAGGAUAGAUAUCAAAUUAUUAGAUAUGGCUUUGGGACCCAACUCAUCCCUAAACAGAUUAGCAGUGAUAGACAACUGUUUGACAUCGGCUUCACAGUUAAUGUGGUUGCAGGAGUUGUUCUUUGUGUGGCCAUUGGAUUUUUGACCAUGCAAAGAAAGUUUUAUGUUUGCUUCAGCCGUCUGAUGCGUUAUGUCCUCCUCUCUGUGCUCAUUCUCUGGAUAGUUGAGCUGCUGUUUUUGUCUAACAGCUGUGAUCAGCUUCUCUGCGGUGUAAAAUGGAAAGGUGCAGAUGCCAGAAGUGAAGUAAAUAAACAAAUUAGGCUGUACGAACAGCACCGUCUCCCCCUCCCCACCAUCGUCAUAACAGCUCUUCCAGGGUCAGGGUCGGAAAUACUCAAGCACCUUUUCUACAAUAACUCGGACUUUGUUUACAUAAGGGUUCCCACCGAGCAUGUGGACAUUCCUGAAACCGAGUUCGAGUUUGACUCUCUGGUUGACAGCUGUGAAUGGUCGAGGACAGAUGCAGUAAAUGGGCGGUUUAAGAUUAUCCAGGGCUGGCUGCAUUCGCUGGUGCACAACACCAAGCUGCACUUACAAAAUAUUCAGCUUGUAGAGGGCAGCAGGGUCAAACAGAUCCAGAGAGUCAGCCCCUCUAGGGACAGGAAGAAAAGAUCCAGGAGGAAAGAGCAGCCUGCAUCUGAGCUUAAGGGCAAACUGAGGACCAGUCUGGAUAGAGAUGCAGAGUACGUACGGGAGAUGAGACGGCAUGUUGCGGAGUACCCUAAUGCCCGGGUGGUCCUUAACAUGCGAAGUGGGAGCUGGACACUUAAACUGCCUUUUAUUCAGGAAGUGGUGGGCUCUUCUCUGAGAGCAAUCUAUUUAGUAAGAGACCCACGUGCAUGGAUUUAUCUCAUGGUUUAUAACAGCAAACCCAGCCUUUACUCCCUCAAAAACAUCCCACAGCACCUGUCCUUGAUAUUCAAGGAGGAUUCUGUCAGGGACGGGUGCCCAGCUGUGGCACCGGAGUUCAAAAUCAUCCAGAGACUGCUGUCCCGCUCUGAGACGAACCCUGUUUUAAUUCUGGCUCAUCUGUGGCUAGCUCACACGGCAGCAGCUCUCAGGGUCACAGAGGGUCUCAGCGAGGAGUCAUACCUCCAAGUGAGGUUCGAGGAUGUGGUCAACUUCCCUCAGGAGACGGCAGAAACAAUUCACACUUUCUUGGGGGUGCCUGCGUCUCCUGCAGCGCUAAAUCAACUAAUAUUCACCACCUCCACAAGCCUGUACAAUCUGAUGUAUGAAGGGGACAUCUCACCAGCCAACAUCAACAUAUGGAGACAUAAAAUGUCUCGAAAAGACAUCAGAUUGAUCGAAGAUAUUUGUGGAGGUGUGAUGAGAAGGCUGGGCUAUGCCAAGCUUGCCAGUUAA